CGUUGGUGUCUGUCAAUCCUCUCCACCACGCCUCGAGCCCUCUCGCUACUCUUGUGUUGUGCUUUGAUACUCUGCACUCUCCCUCCAUCCCAUCCUAUAUUAGUUACUCGCCUCUCCGCCUCCGUCUCUCCUUCUUCUUCCACUCACUACCCAUCUCUCAACUCUCACCCUCUACCUCUACCCCCCACCCACCCCAACCCCAACCCCAACUCUACUUCACAAUGUCUUCCGGUGGCAAGUCUGGUGGCAAGUCUGGCGGCGAGAGCAAGUCGUCGACCCGUUCGGCCAAGGCCGGUCUUCAGUUCCCCGUUGGUCGUAUCCACCGUCUCCUCAAGCGUGGCAACUACGCCCAGCGUAUCGGUUCGGGUGCCCCCGUCUACCUCGCCGCUGUCCUCGAGUACCUCGCAGCCGAGAUCCUCGAGCUUGCCGGUAACGCAGCCCGCGACAACAAGAAGUCGCGUAUCGUGCCCCGUCACCUGCAGCUCGCCGUCCGCAACGACGAGGAGCUCAACAAGCUCCUCGGCUCGGUCGUCAUCUCCCAGGGUGGUGUCCUCCCCAACAUCCUUUCCGAGCUCCUCCCCCAGAAGACCGGCAAGGGCAAGAAGGGCGGCAACGCUUCGCAGGACGUCUAAGUCCCUCCGACCACGGACGCGGCGCUGCGGCGCCACGAGUAGAACCCUUCGUCACUUCGUUUUCGCUCGCCUACCUUUUAGCAUCGUCAUGUAGUGAUGCAGAUUUCCGAGACCUACUGUGUUGUGGGAUGGGCAUGUCGGGGUGGUUUGGCUACUGGUUGUGAGCGAAAUGCUGCAGUCUCUCGAUAAUCGCGGCGGUACACCAGCUGUCUCCGUCGUACUCCGCAUGUGCUUUCUGGGGUUGUUCGCAUUGCAUUGCUGCGAGCAGUAAGAGCGACCGUAAAAUGGGGUCACCCAUGUAGAUGAGGCGGGCGUGC